CAGUGGACAUCAUUUAUUUUAUUCCCAUCGGACAUUGGAACACUAUUUGACAAUAUAUACAUUGAUCAAAUUAAUUUCUUUAAUUGAAUUUACCGGUGGGUGGAUUUUUUUUUUUUUUUUUUUUUGUAACAUUACAUGCCAUCAAAAUUCAUGAUUAAUCGUUGGUCAACAGUAAUAAGAAAACAUUCGAAUUUUUUUUUUGCCCCUUCAAAAAUAUCGUCAUUACCAGUGUAUGGAAAUCGAUUAUUUUUGAUAGACAGGUUUUUUCGAUUGAUGAUGAUGAUGAUGAUGAUGAUGAUGGUAGUGAUGGAUUAUCAUUAUUUGGUCAAGUAAACCCAGCAACAGACAGAUCUUAGAUGUUCUAGAAAAAAAAAGAUUCUCCCAUAUAUAUGGAUCCAAAUUGAGACGUCUCCAAAAUUGAUUAGCUGUGUGCGUUGUUAUAUUUUUUGCACCAGAAUGAGAAAAAUGUUAUAAUCACCAGUUAGUUAGUUAGUUAGUUAGUUAGUUGUACGGGAAUGUGAGAAUAUUCUCUUGCGCGAUCGUCAACUAAACUCGAUCAAUGGUUGAUCGUUGUUAAAAUUGACGCCCAUUUUUUUAUAUUUUAUUAAAACGACGAUAAUAACCGACUACGGAAAUUCAAUGGUUCAAUUUGGAACAGACAACAAGAUAAAAGCAGGAAAAUUUUUUCAACAUUCGAAAUUUUCAUUUAUCAAUCGAAUGUGGUCACUUUUUAACCUGUGUUGACAUACAAAGUUAAAAUAGAAAAUCGAACCAUUCAUUCGAAUUCAUUUUAACUUUGAUGCUUGAAUAGAAUGCUAUCAAAAUUACAAGUGAAUCUUGAUGAUAAUAAUAAAUAUCGUCAAAUGGUGAUGAAUGUAAAUCGUAAAUAUUUUUCAUCAUUGAAUGAUUGUACAAAAUCUUCAUUAUCGCCAUCAUCAUCAACUGAAUUGUCAACAAUUUUUUCAACACUAUCGACUAAAAUGAAUAGAUUACCGAUAACAGCAACAAUUAAUCGAAAUAAAAAUAGAAUCAAAGCACCAAUGUCCACUUGGUCAUUAAUGAUGGCAACAUUGUAUUUUUUAUUAUUAUUCUCCUGUACAACAUCAACAUUAUUUUGGCGUUUUGCAUUGGCUAAACCAUAUGCAGCAAUGGAAUUUUAUCGUCCAUAUGAUCAUCGUAGUGCAAUGAAUACAUUGAAAGAAUUGGAUAAAUAUUAUGAACAAAUGGCAAGACCAAGAUUUGGCAAACGUGGUAGUACAAACAAUAAUAAUAAUAAUAAUAAUAAUAACAAUGGUGAUGAUAAUAAUGUUGUAGAUCUACAACAACAACUACAAUCUAGUGGUGAAAUAAUUGAAAAUGGACCAUAUCGUUGGCUAUUGAUUAAUCGUGAUCAACCAUUGACCAAAUUGACAGAGAAUUAUUUAUUGGAAAUUUUAGCCGAAAAUCUUGCACGACGUAUGGAUAUAAAACGAAGUAAUGAGUCAAAACGAUCACAACAACAACAACAACAGCUAUCAUCAUCAUUAGCAAUGCAGAAUUAAAAAUUUGUUCAAUCAUUCUAAGUAGAAAAAAAGGAUAAAAAUCACAACAACCGAAAACAACUCGGAAAUUUCAAAGAUCAAAAAUCAUCGAAAUUCAUCAAUGAAAUAAUCGAUACACUUUAAAUAGGAAAAAAAUCAAAAUCAAAAUCA